UUUAAUCUGAUACUUUUUUUUCUAUUUCUUUCCCUUCUUUUUUUUUGUGUGUGAUUUUCUUUAAAGGCUCCAGGGUAUGGUGAUUCAUCUUGCUAUAUGAAUUGCGGUUUUGUUAUGCUGAGUGCUUUCUUCUUUUAAAAAUAACCUGAAAGCGGUGGUUUGGAGCACACGGAGACCAUUAAUUUAGAGAAACUGAAGCAUUUCCAUGGGAGGAAAGACUCAUCCUUCUUAUUAAAUAUUUAUCUCACAAGAUUUCACUAUUAGCCAUCUCCAGACAGUUAUGUGUUCAAUUCUACCCCUUCUGAGAUGGCUUAUUUGAAAGAAUGCUUUCAGGUAGUUAUUAACACUACAGUCUACUUUGGAUUAUCACAUUGAUUAGAGGUGUUCUGUAAUUGGUAUAUUCUGUUUUAAUAUCAGUUUGGUGUUGCCUUUUUUAACCUCAAAAAUAGUGUGUGUGUUUAUAAACCUCUGUUCAAAGUUUACUUCAAAAGUUGUUUUACUUUGGCGCUAACACUUAAGCACAGAUGGGUAACAUAGCACAUGGGCUGUAUUGGAGGUUUCCAUUGCAGAUGUGGUUUAUAAAGUCACUGAAUCUGGGACUCUUGAACAACGAGUUGAUAAAGAACUAGAUUUUUCCCUUUUUGUUUUAUAGUGCUAAAGGAAGCAUUGCUUUUUAUUGGCAUUUGUUCUUCACUGACUAAAAGUGGCUCUAAAAUAAUGUUACAGUGCCAAAGUUUUGAUGAAACUUUGCAGGGUCUCUCCUACCCCAGGAUGCUAGUGCUUAGCAGAGGCUGUUGGAUCUGAAUGAGAGAGAACUUUUAAGAAUUAAAGGAAGAUUUGAGCUGUGUUUUUUUUAAGAUUUAGGGAGAAGCUUAGGAAUAAGAAAAGAAGGUAGCACUGUACUUGCUAAUUAUCAGGUAGUGAGAGCAGUGUAACAAGACUGAUUUAUCCAGUUAUAAGCUGUCUCCUAAAUAGUCAAUUCCUUGAGAAGUUAGGUUCAUACAUUAAGGGGCAAAAUUGGAAAUUGGAAACAGCAUGGCUUUGCUGUUAGUUAGGUCUGCAUUGGAAUCUAGGCUCUGGCAUUUACAGCUCUGUGUUUUGGGUGAUUUUUCUUGAACUGAGCAAAUUUUCUCAUCCUUCAUAUGGAGUUAUGCUGUGCAUAUUGGGGAAUGUGGCUGUUAGGAUUUAAUAUCAUAACAUGCAAAGAACGUGGUAUUGAGCUUAGAGCAGCAUGACUGAUGAAUAAAUAGAGGUACUAUUACUGCUUGUAUUUUGAAAAUUUGCUUUAGAAUUGACUUCAGUGUUGCUUUGUGAUAUCUUAUUUUUUAAUCCAAAAUGAUACUAUUGAACUGGAUGGCCUUUCUCAUGGCCCUUUUCCAGCAAGUUAAAUCUACCCUCAAAGGAGGAAUUUUUGCUAGUAUUCAGGAGCGUCAGAGAAUGUGCUGUAUGGACGUAAGGUACUCACAACACAAGUUCCAAAAAUGUUUGGAGCCCUGGUAGUGUUGUUGACGUAAAUGCAUGGACUGUAAAACACAAAACACUUCCUGUGAUAUGUAAAUUUUGUCACUUUAAAAAAAAUGCAAAGCCAUCUUUGCUUUGUACCCUGAUGCUUUGCCCGUGGCUGCCUGGGUUAUUACUGUGCUCCAGGGUUCAGCUCCUAGAGCCCUUUGGUUUCAGUGGAAAAGCUUUAAAAUCAGGAUCCAUGACUGAAGAAUGUUUUGUCAGCAGCAUGUAAGUUAACCUCUGGAGUCCUAGAAUUCUAGUCCAUUAUAUAUUCACCAAAAUGACCUGUCAAGGAUUUUGGAUAAAAGAAUCAUAGCUCCUCUGAAAAAAAAAAAAAAAAAAAAAAAGCCCUUGCUUGUGUGUAGAAAGCAAGAGAGAAUAAAUUGUAGAACCAAAAAAACAGCAGUCACAGAAGAUCCAUGAAACUGGUUCCUCAUUUUCUCUUCUCUGAUUUUGCAGUUUGACCACUGCAAGGUUACCUUUGGUGGCAUAACGGCCUUCCAUGUCAUUUGAUUAGAAGAUGUAGUUUAUUAGGAGGAAAAAGGCAGUGGAAUUUGUUUAGGUAUCAGCAAGCAUUUGCUGAACAUUCAGUCUACUAGGGGAGAUAGAAAUGUUAUUAUAGUUGCAUAGUUGGGGUGUUUAACUCAGCUGUGGAUGUAGGUCAACAGAAACUUUGUGAAUAAGGUAGAAGAUUUCAACUCUCUUUCCACUUAGAUGCCCCCCUUUUGGCUGCCAUGCCCAUUGCAACUUGGGAAGCACCAGAGUGUCCUCCAUCCUGCUUCUUAAUCUGCCUCGCCUGGGUGAGCAUGUACCUCUCCAAAGCAUAGGCUCAUUGAAGGGUUUUCAUCUGGUCAACAGUUACUAAUGUCAUUGUGAUCAUAGAGUAGGAAACGGGGACACAUGCACCUCCCAAAUGUGCAUGGGGGGAUGUGUGCUGCAGGGUCAGUGGUGAAAAGAGCACUGGGCUGCGUGUAAAGAGGCAGUGUUAGUCCAUUUCUGCUCCUUUCUAGGUAUUACCCUAAAGAGCAGAUUCUCUCUGAGUCAUUAGUUUUUUCAUCUAAAAAUGAAAGCACUGAACCAAAAGUAAUAAUAGUCCAAACCAAAAAGAUGUGUUAAACUUGCCUGUUGAAUUUUUCAAGUAGUAGUUCAGUACCUCUCCCUUCUUGGAAAUCUAGAUCCCAUUGUCUUUGAAACCCUAAAAAUCUACAUUUCUACGUCAGCUUAUAUCUAUGAUAAACAAUUAUGUUUAAGUUAAAGCACUGAAGAGAAUUGCAGUGACAAAAGAUAUCACUUUGAUGAAUUGUUUUGUACAUUAACUCAGUUAGCCCUUUUAGAGCCAAAUGUAAAAUUUUUAAAUAACACUUUAUGGCCAAAUGUUAAAAGUUUUAUUAUUUAAGUAAAAUUUAAAUAAUUCAAAAUUUUUAGAAUUUAAAGUUCCAAACAGAUUAGAACUUCUUGCUGCUCCUGAACUUGUCACACGGACACAUUAAUUGUUAGAUGAACAGAAGCCUAAACCAAAAAUCACUCCGGGCAACUGAGUUUCCAUACCCUUGGAAUUUUUUUUUUUUCCUUUUUCUUAAAAAAGUUGUUUGAUACAUUUUACUUGAUUUGGUUCAGAUUUUUUUCCGUAGGUAAACAUGCAUUUAAAAAAUUCUUCUCCAUGUUUGAUUGGCUUAAAGACUAAGUCAGAAAAUGAGAUCCCUCUGAGCUAUGAAUGAGAUUAACCUUCUCCACACUCUGAAGCUGAUGCCGGAAGCUGUUGUCAACUCCUCUGCUAUUGCACGUUCUGUCUGUUCCCUUCAUCACUGCAUGUUCUACAAGAUGCUCACUUGUACUAAUGUUUGCAUAUGACACUGUAGCUGAAUGACCUUUUUCUAGCAUCAUUAAAGUAGCUAUAUGACUGCAGGUCUGUUCAGGCAUUACUUAACCAUUACUUAACCAGUCAACUAAAUAUUAUAAUUUUGAUCAUUGUGGGGAAUUGCACAUGAACAAAGUCUCAUGGUGAAGUUUUAUUUUUCCCAUAUUUAUAACAGGAUUUAUUAUAGUAAUUAAAGCUUCCUGAGCCUGGAGAAAAUUGGAAGUGGUAGUGGAGAUAAAAAAUGUACUUAAGAAUACAUUUAAGAAUUUUUAAACUUUACGAAUACUUGGUAUUUAUAAAGCGAUUUUCAUUUUUAAAGACUUUUUCAAUAUAUUUAAAAGAAGAAAAUAAGAGAAUUGAUAUAUAUUCUUCUGGAGUCUUUAUAUUACAGAACUAUAAGAUUCUUGGGUGGUCUAAAGAUUGAGAAAAUUUUUGAAUAAAAUAUUUUGUCUUUAAGAUAGCUUAGCAUUAGAAAUCAGGUUUCCCAGGAAAUUAUAUCCAUAAUUGAAUAUUUCCAUAAAAACAGUUAAAAUAUAUUUAUAUUUUAAUUGUCUCCAAUGGCUAGAAUCAUCUGAAAAAAAAGAAAACUGAAAACAAAACUCAAAAGAAUGGCAAACUAUUUAAUAUGUACCUGUUCAUAUUCCUUAAAGGAUGUGGAGAACUGAGGACCGCCCCCACCCCCGGUUUGAGUUGGAGAUACUGAGGGAGCGAGGGGAUGGGGCUGGAGGUUGGGAGGAAGGAAGGCGGGGGAGCUGGACAAACAAGAGUGUGGGGUGGUCCCUCCUGUUCCGCAGAGAAGCACAUGCCAGUGCCCUCGGAUUGCCUUUGUGCUUGCUUUGCAGUCCAGGUUUCAUACCUGGGUAUUUAUAAUUUCUCUGUUUAUCAUCCAUUUCUAAUAAGUACUGAUUUAAUUUUUGUGGGCUUGUUUUUUUGUUUGUUUUUAAGAAAAUACAAAAGGUAAAAUGUACCAGAGAGGAGCCUUCUUGCUGGUCACCCUCCCUAACCCCUUUGCUAAUGAGUGGUGGUCCUGCCCCCCUGGCUGGCAGGCCCACCCUUCUUCAGCAAGCUGCUGCCCAGGGAAAUGUCACUUUAUUAUCAAUGCUGCUUAAUGAAGAAGGACUGGACAUUAAUUACUCCUGUGAAGAUGGCCAUUCUGCCUUGUAUUCUGCUGCUAAGAAUGGACAUACAGACUGUGUGAGAUUGCUGCUGAAUGCAGAAGCCCAAGUCAAUGCUGCUGAUAAAAAUGGCUUCACACCCUUGUGUGCUGCAGCUGCUCAGGGACAUUUCAAGUGUGUAGAAUUAUUAAUUGCAUAUGAUGCUAAUAUUAAUCAUGCUGCUGAUGGAGGACAGACACCUCUAUACCUGGCCUGUAAAAAUGGAAAUAAAGAAUGUAUUAAACUCUUGUUGGAAGCUGGAACUGACCGAAGUGUAAAAACCAGGGAUGGCUGGACACCAAUUCAUGCAGCCGUGGACACUGGUAAUGUGGACAGCCUCAAGCUUCUUAUGUACCAUAGAGCCCCAGCUCAUGGAAACAAGUUGCAGGAGGAGCCUGGGUUGGCCAUCUUAGACUUGGAUCAAGAAGAAGAGCAUCAUGAAGGCACAUCCAAGCCUGUUGUUCCUGCAGACCUCAUCAACCAUGCUGACAGUGAAGGCUGGACUGCUGCCCAUAUUGCUGCUUCAAAGGGUUUUAAGAACUGCCUAGAAGUCUUGUGUAGGCACGGAGGGCUGGAACCGGAAAGAAGAGAUAAGUGUAAUCGGACCGCACACGAUGUUGCUACUGAUGACUGCAAGCACCUGCUGGAGAAUCUGAAUGCUCUUAAAAUACCCUUAAGGAUUUCAGUGGGUGAGAUUGAACCAGGCAACUACAGUGCCGAUGACUUUGAAUGUGAAAACACAAUAUGUGCUUUAAAUAUUCGCAAACAGACAUCAUGGGAUGAUUUUUCAAAAGCAGUGAGUCAAGCUCUGACAAACCAUUUCCAAGCAAUCUCUUCUGAUGGAUGGUGGAGCCUGGAAGACAUGACGUUUAAUAGCACCAGCGACUCCAGCAUUGGGCUCAGUGCAAGCAGUGUGCGAUCCAUCACAUUAGGAAAUGUGCCGUGGUCAGCAGGUCAGAGCUUCACCCAGUCCCCAUGGGACUUCAUGAGAACGAAUAAAGCAGAGCAGGUCACUGUGCUUCUGUCAGGGCCUCAGGAGGGCUGCCUCAGUAGUGUGACCUACGCAUCUAUGAUCCCUCUUCAGAUGCUGCAGAACUACCUCAGACUGGUCGAGCAAUAUCAUAAUGUCAUUUUCCAUGGCCCAGAAGGGAGCUUGCAAGACUACAUCGCCCAUCAGCUUGCACUCUGCCUGAAGCACAAACAAAUGGCUGCAGGAUUCCCCUGUGAAAUAGUGAGAGCCGAAGUGGAUGCUGAUUUCUCCAAGGAACAGCUAGUAGAUCUGUUCAUCAGUAGUGCAUGUCUGAUCCCAGUGAAACAGUCUCCUGCUAACAAGAAAAUCAUCAUCAUCUUAGAGAACUUGGAAAAAUCUUCAUUGUCUGAGUUACUGGGGGACUUUUUGGGACCUCUGGAAAAUCACAGCACUGAAAGCCCCUGUACCUUCCAAAAAGGAAACGGAAUGUCUGAAUGCUACUACUUUCAUGAGAACUGCUUUCUGAUGGGAACAAUCGCCAAGGCCUGUCUCCAGGGCUCCGACUUGCUGGUGCAGCAGCAUUUCCGCUGGGUGCAGCUGCGCUGGGACGGCGAGCCCAUGCAGGGGCUGCUGCAGAGGUUCCUCAGGAGGAAGGUUGUGAAUAAGUUCAGAGGUCAGGUGCCCUCUCCCUGCGACCCUGUGUGCAAGACGGUCGACUGGGCCCUGGCCGUGUGGCGCCAGCUCAACUCGUGCCUGGCCCGCCUGGGCACACCGGAAGCACUCCUCGGGCCAAAGUAUUUCCUGUCUUGUCCGGUAAUCCCAGGGCACGCCCAAGCAACAGUGAAGUGGAUGUCUAAGCUAUGGAAUGCUGUCAUUGCACCCAGAGUUCAAGAAGCAAUAUUGUCAAGAGCCUCUGUGAAAAGACAACCCGGCCUUGGGCAAACAACUAAAAGCCCCAGCCAAGGGCAGCAGGCUGUGGUUAGAGCUGCUCUCAGCAUUUUGCUUAAUAAAGCUGUUCUGCAUGGCUGUCCCCUCCAGAGAGCAGAGCUGGACCAGCAUACAGCUGAUUUCAAAGGAGGAAGCUUCCCUCUGUCCAUAGUUUCAAGUUACAGCAGUUGCAGCAAGAAGAAAGAGAGUGGUGCCUGGAGAAAGGUGAGCACCAGUCCUCGCAAGAAGUCUGGCCGGUUCUCUUCACCCACCUGGAACAAGCCAGACUUGAGUGAAGAAGGUAUCAAAAGUAACACUAUAUUACAGCUGAAUUGUAACAGGAAUGCUUCGCUGUCAAACCAAAAGUCUUUAGAGAAUGAUCUGUCAUUGACAUUGAAUCUGGAUCAAAGACUCUCUCUGGGUUCGGAUGAUGAAGCAGAUCUUGUCAAGGAACUUCAGAGCAUGUGCUCUAGCAAAUCUGAAUCUGAUAUAAGCAAGAUUGCUGAUUCCAGGGAUGAUUUAAGGAGGUUUGAUAGUUCAGGAAACAACCCUGUGUUUUCAGCAACUGUUAAUAAUCCAAGAAUGCCAGUGUCACAAAAGGAGGUCAGUCCUCUCAGCAGCCAUCAAACGACCGAAUGCAGCAACAGUAAAUCAAAGACUGAGUUGGGUGUUUCAAGAGUUAAAUCUUUUCUUCCUGUUCCUAGAAGUAAAGUCACCCAGUGUUCCCAGAACACCAAAAGAAGCAGCAGCAGCAGUAAUACAAGGCAAAUAGAAAUAAACAACAACUCAAGAGAUUUGGAACCUACGCAAAAAUGAACAAGUAGAAAAAUCUAGCAAAUAGGCCUGCCUACAGUAUUCUCAUUCUUCUGUAUAUUUCACACAGAAACCAAGGACAACAAGAUGUAAAUACCUUUAAAUGAAUCAAAUGUUUUCACUGCAAUAUAAACUAUGAGUGCGGGACCACUAUUCAAUUUUUUGUAAAGAAUGUAUUUAUAACCAACUUUUUUUUUUUUUUCAAUUCUGUCAAAUUGAACUGCAAUACCAAGAAGUUAUACUCACUUUUCAAGUAGUUUUAUAAUAGAAAAGUCAUAAUAGUUUUACUCAAGAUGUUCAGGGGUAUUAAAACAACCGUGUACUGUACAUAUGUACAUAUGUACAUUUAAGAAAGCUAUGCAUCAUUGCAUACUGCAUUGGCUUAGAUAACAUGUAUCAUUUUAAAGAGAUCAUAAUUUUAUCUUCACUUGAUGAGAAACGACUAGAAUGGGGCAAUAACAAAUCAUUUCUAAACAGUUACUUUUCUUAAAAGCCAUAUUAAGUAUUUUGCCUGUUAAACUCUAGUUUUCAGUUUCAAAACUUUUAAUGGUUGCAUCAUGUAUAUUUAUGCUUAUGGGUUUGUGUUAUGACUCCUGUAAAUAUGAACUUAUAUAAUGCAAUAAAAGUGUUAUCUUUCUUACAAAAGUUUUGUACCUAAGUAGAUAUAAAAAAGAAUAACUGUAAAUGCUUCAAUAAAUAAGUUAACUCCCUCUUCUAGUGGCACAACUGAUAUUUUCUAGACUUUCUUCUCAAAUUACUAAUGACAUAACUAAAAGUUAUAUGCCUUGACACCAAAUAAAAUAUUGAAUUAGUGAAAUAAA